AUGGCUCUGAACCUCCAUAACAAGCUUAAAUCCCAAGGCACAUCUCUUACCUACUCAAAUCGCACCCUUUCCAAAGGCGAAGUCCUCUCUCAAGAAGGAGCGCAGGCUAAGAAUGGCAUUACUGAGCUUGUUCGAGAAUGUGAUGACAAUUUUCUCAUGGUCUCGACCGACGCAGUUCUCAAAGGCUUAAUCAAUGAGAUGCUGCGAUCAGACAUUGAUCUGAAGGGGAAAACAAUUAUUGAUUGCUCAACCACACAUCCUGAUACUGCCACCGAAGUUGCCAGUCUGCUUCAAGCUGCUGGGGCAGAAUUUGUGGCUUCCCCAGUAUUCGGAGCAAACACUGUCGCCCAGGCAGGACGUUUACUGUUUGCCAUGGCUGGUAGUCAGGCUGCCAUCCAAAGACUAGAGCCCUUGAUUGUGGGUGUAAUGGGUCGCAAGAUUGUUAACAUGGGCGAGAACGCCAGAGACUCUGUGCUUCUCAAAGUGACUGGUAACGUUCUUCUGGUCGUGUUCUUGGAAGCCAUUGCAGAGACGCAAGUUCUCGCCGAAAAGAACGGACUUGGCACUCAAGUAAUGGAAGAGGUCAUUUUUGAGAACUUUGGUCCCGUCCUUGGCGGAUACUCUCGACGAAUGACGAGCGGCUCCUAUGCGCCCAAGGAGGGCAUGGCAGGAUUCAGUGUUGCAAACACCAUCAAGGAUGCCAAGCACGCUUUACGAAUUGCGCAGGACCUCGACGUCAGAAUGCCUGCGUUAGAUCUUGCUACGAACAAUAUGCUGAGUGCCAAGGCGUAUGGCGGUGAAAACCUCGAUGGGGCUGCGCUGUAUGGAGUUUUGCGAAGCCAGUCCGGUCUGCCGUUCUGGUCUAAUGAAAGCAGGCAGCAGUAA